GAUUGAGGCAAGGCACUUGCACAUAGUAGUGUAAGUCCAAGUUUGUGAAUUGUUUGUUUCUCUUAAUCUUGUGCCUUUCAUGAGCAAGCAAUGAGCAUGCAGGCAGAUUGAUAUAUAAGGACACAUAGCAUUUAGCCUCUUAUAAUGAAUGGAUAUAGGAACAUAGUUAAGUGGAGUUCCAAUGAAAGUGCAAGUGUGUGACUAUAAGUAAACCUACCAAUCUCUAAUUUUUAAAUACCUAAAAAUCAAUUCAGGCAGCAUUAUAUUCUUCCCUAUUUGCUUUCCAUCAAUAAAGAUUUUAUUUUUGUUGUUCCCUUUUGGAAAUCAAGAAACUUUUUUCAUAGUCCUAGCUACUAGCAAGAAGCUCAAAAAGGUCUUCUUUCCCAUGGAUUCACAAAGGAAAGAACACAGUCUCUCUAAGGCUUCUACCAUAGUUUCUGCUGCAGAGGCUUCUCCACGUGUAUACACUUCAAUAUUGCAGAGCGAACAAGAACUACUUGUUGAAGAAGAAGAAGAAGAAGAAGAAGAAGGAGAAGAAGAAGAAAAAGAAGAAGUGAAAGUUCAAACACAAGAACAAGACGAUAAUCCUUCUCUCCAGUUGGAUCUCAACCUGACUAGAAACGAUUCCAAUCAUGGCUUCGAUCGAGAGCUCAACCUUAUCGACUGCUUCAAUAUGGAUUCAUUUAAAACUUCAACAGAAACUCCUCAAACUACUGAUGUUGAGCAAAGAGUCUUCUCAUGUAACUAUUGUCAAAGGAAAUUCUAUAGCUCACAGGCACUUGGAGGACACCAAAAUGCCCAUAAAAGAGAGAGGACGCUAGCCAAACGAGGAAAGAUAGGGACUCAUAUAGCAGGACUUUUGGGGCAUCCUUGCUCGCACCACCAUUAUUAUUCAAACAUGGCUUCUCUCCCUCUCCAUGGUGCAUAUGGUAGAUCUCUUGGAAUUCAAGCGCACUCAAUGAUCCAUAAGCCUUGUCACAUAUAUUCCCCUAAUGGGUUCGCAAAUAUUUAUGAACAUGGCGGCUGGUCUAGGCCUCCUAUUAACCAACAACCAGCCAUAGGAAAGCUGUCAAUGAAUAAUCAUCAUGUAAAUGCAACAACAGCACAAUCAUUGCCGGCGACUUCAUAUGCCGGCGUCGGUAGGUUCGCCUUGGAGAAGAGUACUAUCGUGGGUUCUCAUGCCGACCAGGGAAUCGGUAAUCGUUGGCUGGUUACUAAUCAGGAUGAGUUGCAGAAGCUUGACUUGUCCCUCAAGCUCUAAUUACUCCAUUUCUUUUUUCUUUCUUUUCUUAUGAUUUAAUUUCUUAUUUAGUAUAUUUGUAUGUUUCUCUUGGAAAUAAUAUGUAAAUCUGAUUAUAGAAUGCUCAAAGAUUUGUUGUUUUAUGUAA